AUGAUAAAAGUAUGGAUGCUCUUAGUUUUGAUUUGCCUUGGCUAAUGUUAAGAUUUAUUAACAUCAAUGAAAAAUUAUGCUGAUGGAAUAGUUUAAUCAAAUAUAACUUAGAAAAUCCUUUUAGAUUUUGCUCCAUUGUUAUUGCCAUUAACUAUAUUCUCAAUUAUUUUGAUCUAAUUGAUGAAGUUUUGUUUCAAAAGAUAAAAAUUUUAUGACAAACUUCCUUAAACAGAAUAACAAGCGAGUAACAAAAAAGUGAGAUUACCAUUAAAGCAUAAAUUGCAAUUAUUCUUUAUGAGAUAUUAUUGUUAAAUUUUGAGAGUAUUUAAACAUUGA